AUGCAACUGUUGAGGAGCAGAGAUCAUCAUGACAAGGUAUCACACUACUGUGCGGAAGAGGGAAUUCAAUGGCAUUUCAGCCCCCCAAGUGGGCUGCACUUCGGUGGGUUAUGGGAGGCUGCGGUUCGUACAGCCAAGCAUCACAUUCUGAGGGUCCUUGGUGAGAAUCCAGCCACACUGGAGGAUAGGAGCACGUUGCUCGUUCAAGUUGAGGAAUGUCAAAACUCCCGACCAAUCACGUAUAUCUCUGAAGAUCCAGGUGAUUUACAGCCGCUAACACUGGGAUACUUUUUGGUUGGCUCCUCACUUCGAGCACUUCCGUAUUACAAUUACCAGGAUAUCCCUACAAACCGUCUGAAACAGUGGCAACUAGUACAGAAAAAUCUGGACAAGAUGGAGAACGGGAUAUUUAGCCCAACUGCAGGCGAGAGUUAA